UUCCUCCCUCCGGUCCUCUCUUAGAAGCCCUAAACCCGGUCCAGUCAUGAUGGCCACGGAGAACCCGGUCGCAUUCCAACUCCCGGUUCUCGAGCACUCUCUCUCUCCGUCCGAUAUCCACGAGCUCUUCUCCCUCCUUCAAUCUGAGCCGUCCAUUCCCUCCACUUCCAGCUCCGACACAUUCAACCGCGCCGGUCCGGUUUACUCCCUCGAGGAGCGCAAGAACCGCCGGAAGAUGUCGAACCGGGAAUCCGCCCGCCGGUCGCGGUGGCGCAAGAAGACCCACUUAGACAAUCUCACGAACGAGGCGAACCGGCUUAGACUCGAGAACCGGGAACUCAAAAACCGGCUUUGCUCGCUCACCCGUGACUGCCACGUCGUCCAGCGCCACUCGAACCGGCUCCUGACCGAGUCGAUUUUCCUCCAACGCAGGCUCGCCGGUUUACGACAAAUCUUACCGCCAAAUUUGCAACUAUGAUAUUAUAAUUAUUACCUAAAAAAGAAAUUAACGUUAAUUAUUAUCCCUCUAAUUAAUACACAUUUAUAUAUAUAUAUAUAUAUUCAUUUGGAGCAGAGGAUAAUAUCCCAUCGGCAGAUCGAACUAUUAUUAUUACUAUGAUUAUUAUUAUUAAGCAAUUAAUGUUUGGUGGUUUCGAGUAUUUUGAAAUGCCACGUGUCGUUGCAUGGAUGGAUUGGUCGUGUACAAAUUGAGGGUUGGUUUCGUCCUAUUAGGGUUUUGGAUUUUGUGUCUCUUUUUUUGAAAAUUUAAUGUUAAUAUUUGGUUUGUAUUUUGUUAGUUGAUUAUUAUUAUUAUUAUUGGUUGAUUAAGGAAG